CGAUUUAUAAGCCUUCACACCAACUUACGGUUACCCAUUAUCUACAGAUCGACAUGGGCAAGCAGCUUUGCCACAUAUCCAGUAUACGUACUUUUGUUGAUAGCGCGCCAUACUCGCAGGUCUCUCCUUGUGGCUCGUGCCGUCGAGAGACGUCGCAGCAAAGCUUCACAGGAUCAUGAGGACGAAGACUUCUACGUUUAAAUCGCCGUCCUCCUUCCCUCACUUUGAGCCUCACGUCACACUCGCGACUGUACCUUCGUCUACUCCUCUCGAUGAACUGCGCGCGGCGAUCCCGAAGGAUCAGCCUGCGGUCCCUGUCAGCUUUAAAUCUGUCGACGUCGGGAACAAGUACUUUAUGUCGGUAUACGUCACCGUGUACCACGCUGGGGGGCUCGACGCGCUUCGGGAGGACCUGAAGAAGAGCCUCGGGGAGCGGGUUGUUCCUCCAUUGGCGCACGUCUCGCUCUUCUACAUUGAUGACUCGGAGCCUGAGGAGAGGACAAAGGUCGUAGAGCAGCUCAAACGAGAUGGCAGGAUUGUCGACAAGGGUGAAGAUAAGGUCGCACUUAACUACUCCGAGCAGCACUUAGAGAGUGGGGAGGAUGAUGCUGUUGACGGCUUCGACGGAGGAGAGAUUUGGAUCGCGUUGUGCGAUGGACCUGUUCCCACCUGGAUUAUCAAGGAUCGCAUCAAGCUCCCCCUGUGAAAAUUUGUGCAAUCUGUGUUUGUACGGAAACAUGCGCAAUAUAUGACUGCACGGAUUAUUAGUACU